AGUAUUUUUCAGCUCUAAGCUUCGAAAUUGGCAUCGGAACUUGGAUCAACAAUAGUUUCUGAAGAGCUUCAAACAUGAGUGCUUCAACGAGUAAAACGACUACCUCGAAAGCAGUCAAGUCCAGCAGAGCCGCACAAGCCAAGCCACCUCCUAGCACUCUCCACGGAACCGAUUAUCAACUCAAGAUUACGCUAUGGAUUCUGCUGAUCGCGAAACAAAAUAUGUCCAACCGCAAGUACAGCAAAUGCUCAAUCACCGCCGAAGAUCCGCUGGGAGGAAAAUUCGAUGAUACGGUGCUGCACUUCCAAUUGCCGGACGGCCGUGACCAAGCGCUCUACAUUCAAGCUAAACACAAACAUGAUACUGCAUACCGUAUUACGAGUGGUGAUUUGCUUUCAGCAUCGGAUAGUGCAUUUUCCGUGAUGAAGUACUUUAAAUCAUUUUGUGCACUGCAUCACAAUGGGAGGACAGACGGUGCAAGAUUCGUGGUGUGCACCAACGCUGGCGUAUCGCAGGAUGUAAUGCAAGUUUUGGAGAAGGUUGUACAUGCAUCGACCGAUGACAUCACUACCAUUUUCUAUCGUGUUGGUGCAAACAUUUAUCGAUUUCAUAAAGAGCAGCUUCGUAAUAUCGAUCCAUUUAAAAGCUUCCUUGCCGAUGUAACGAUCGACAGUGGUACAUCAGAUCUUCUCGAUCAAUUCUUCGAACAGUUUCUGUUAAUAUGUAACGUGAAAGGAACCGUGAUUAACAACGAUAUCAUCGAGCUAUGGCGCUGCUUGGACGUUUCAAGUAAUUCGUUGUUUACGCAACAGAUGGGAUUGAUUGAACAAGCGAUCGCGCUAGAUCAUUUAUCGAGCGUUGCAUGGACGAUGACCAAAUUUUCGAAAACCAAAUCACAAACUGACAUCGAGCAUAUCUGCCAAGCGAUCGUACGUAAUUUAUGUUUUCUACAACUAAAAGGAGCCACUAGCAUCUUCUGUAAGAGCUUUGAAAAUAGUGAUGUGAGUAUCAAAAGUGAGGCUUUGAAGCAAUCGAAGGCAUAUAGGGCAUGUUUGGCAGGAGGAGUACAUGAAUAUUGCGCCAUGCUCGAUACAGAAGUAAGCUGCAACAUCAUUCUUCAAAUAGUGCAGUUGGUUGAGUGUGAAUAUAUUUUCACUAAUUCAAAAACCUAUUUAGAGUUAGCAUGUGUGAUAAAGGAUAUGUUUUGCUCUCUAGAAUGUCAUCUGGUCUUAGUUAUUGUUUGCGAAAAGGAUAUCGAAUUCAUAACAAGAAGCGUCGAAGAGUUUUUUAAAGACAGUGCAACAAUAUCUAGAAAAACGGUUAUCCUUAUUACACCGAGUGAAGGACGAAAUAUCACGGCGGAAGAAUAUCACGUAUGCGAUCUCAACGAUCAAGCACAGCAGAGACUCUUUGAAAACUACUCGCAAAUGAAGUUAUUUUACGCUCACGUCUCAUUAGAAAACCUGGUAAAUCGAGAUAAGGAUAAUUUAGGAUUUAUUGUUAGGCUGAUCAAGAUAGGAGAAACAGAAAAAUCCAAGACUCAUCCGGCUGUAGAGAGUUUUGAGAAAAUAAAAACAAUUUACAUAAAUCGAAGCUGGGAGAUAUCCGAGACCAUUGAUCAUGACAAAUAUUCAUGGUCCACGGGGUAUUUCCUUUGGGCUACCUCUCCACCAACAUCGGUUAUACGUGUGACAGACCCACAGAGAUUCGAUAAACUAAAGCUACUUGCAUUGGUAAUGGGGAUGACACAAGGUGGCAAUCGUGAUACCUAUAAUAACGUCAUACAGCAAGCUGCCAAACCCGCCUAUACACUACCUCCUGGCAUGGACAUUUCCCAUAGGGUGCACAUAUUCUUGGACGAAGCUGGAUUCGGAAAGACCACGUACAUGACCUGGGUGGCCUGGUACUUCGUCAACCACCGACAGUCAAGUUGGGUUAUUCGGCUCAACGCGAUCGAAUAUUCAUUCGAUUUUAGGCAAAUCCUGAAUGAUUACGGUCCCGUAUCAGAUAGCAAUACGGCAGUCAGAGUGCUUUUCCAGCUCAUAUAUUUGGCACUGUCUAUACCGAACCUCACUACUAAAACUAUGGAGCAAACAGAUACUGAGAGAAGGAAAGCCAAACGAUGGGCCGAAUGUUUAACUUUGUCUGAGGGUAAAGUCGUGGUGAACGGUACCAGGGAUGACACCGUUGAACAACAGAUCGCACUGAGGGUUUUUAGAGAGAAGUUCAACAAAAAGGAAAUAGUGCUACUACUCGAUGGUUUUGACGAGAUUGCUCCACACUACAAACAAGUGGUAUUGAAUCUCUUCUCGCACUUCGCUCAAUUUGAAGGAAUCCAUAGACUGUACUUCACGAGUCGUCCGUACAACUUCAUAGAUGAACUAAAGGAUGCAUUGAAAGUCACUAACAUCUAUAGAAUUGAUCCUUUUUCCACCGAGAAUCUGUAUGAGUUUCUGCAUAGACAUCUAACCAGCAAAAUCCAAGGGUAUAUAAACUGCUGCUUAGGUAUUGAGCGCUAUUACUUGUGGCAAAUAAUAGUUGAAAUUCUUGGAAACAUUCUUGGCCAGUUGUGUGUUAUUCCAUUGUUCUUAAAAAUGGCGUUAGAUAUACUAACACCGCGUUUGGAGAAAACAAUCAGCUUUGAGAAUCGAGCUAUUUUACCUACAUUCUUUCAAGAACUACCAUCUAAGUAUGGUAGAUCUCGAAUUCUAGAAGAAUUUGUAAAUCUAAAGCUGGAUAUUUCAAACUACGACAAGUUUGGAGCCUCCGAUACCGCAGCCUUCGUAGCUCAGAGGCAAAUGGAUGCGAAGCUACUGAAUGAAUUGAAAAAAAACGACCUAUCACUGCUAGCGAUUUAUACCAUAAUUCCUUCCGACUAUCAACUGAUGACGCGGCGAGAGCAGGAAAAAUGCGAACAGAUUCUGAAGAAAAUUGAAGAAGGAAGUGAAAAAUCCGGUAUCAUCGAUGGUGUUCAAGGCGGAGUACCAGUAUUCAUUCACCGAAUGUUUGCCGAAUACUUUGCAGCGUUCUGGCUUUUCGAAAAUAGAGACCGUCAUGAAGUGAAGCUGUUUUUCAAAUCAAAAUACUAUUGGGGGUUUCUAAGCAUCCCAGUAAGGAAGCUAUUUGAUGAGAUCGCUAUCCGAGACGACGAUGGCACCGAUAGUCCAGCGCAUCUUGCAAUCAUUCUAAAUGAUGAAACUGAUUUGGAGAAAGUAUUGAAAAAAAAUGUAAAUCGAACGGAUGCGAUAGGACGAACACUGUUGCAUCUGAGCGUACAGUACCAUAACAAGAUGGGACGCAGCCGACAUGAAUUCUGGCCGAUGUGCCUGGAGGCGCACCCACAGGAGAUGCAAGAUCAGAGAGAACCUCUUUUCAUCGAUGCAAAAGAUGACCUUCUGCAUUGGAGUGCGUUGGACUACGCAUUUUGCAUCGGCAACUGGAGGGCGAUUAAAUAUCUGCUAAACAAGAAUGCCUCUAUAAAUGCCACAGCAUUAUCGGAGCAAUUACAAAGAUGUGAUCCGUGCGAUGCAUACGAGACACUUGCGCGAUAUGACACGUAUCUGAUGGACUUCGUAUAUGACAUCGACGAACAUAAGCCUCUAUUCCCUCAUAGUGCAAGUCAGAUUGAAACCAUGCGUACGGUUUGUAAUAUCAUAGUUACUAACAUAAAAAACAAUCAUAGCGAAUGGUUUGAAGCAAACAAAACCAAACUACUGUUGAAGUGCGCCAAAACUGAUUCGGUAAUACUGCUUCGCAGUCUGUUGGAAUUAGAUACUGAGCUUUUCACUACUUUUAAUCAAACCUCAAUCAUUAGAGAAGCACUCAACGAGUGCUCUUUCCAUGUUCUUGGUUUCCUAAUUCAUGACCGUAACAUUGAUAUUUCGGGAGUGAUCGAGGCGGAUCACGUGCACAACCUGCUAAAGUGCUGUGCCCAAAAUGGAUAUGAAAAAUGGUUUACCUACUUUCUCAAUUUCUGUAGCUUCCUAUUAAACGUAUUGGGGCGUACGCGUUGGGAUUCGAGAAUGCUAGAGCUACUGUUCGGUUCGAAAAAGUACUAGUACGUAUCAAAGGUCUGAAAGGUCUGAAAGGUCUGAACCAAAACCGUGUAUCGAGUUCCUUGGAUUUGAAGAAUAAAUAAGUAAUAUAUGUAUAUUGCAUACCGUUAGAAUUCUGCAUGCGGUAGAGUAAGAGAAGUUAGUAUCAGCAUAAUAAUUUUAUUGUUAUUUUGUUUUUUGAUAUCUACCCGUAAAACAAUAUUUAUUCAUUUUAUAAUUUCAUUUUGUUCAUUGCAAUAAAUAUAUUCAGUGUAUUCAAUAUA